AGUUAAUAAAAAAACGAUUGCUUAUAUAUUUAUUGUAGUCAUCUAGUCAUCCUAGUCAGACUAGUCGGUAUUCAGUUCUUCAUAACUUCUCUAAAUUCUGUUUAAAAAAGGAAUUAAAAUGCCUCAAAAAAGAAAUGUACCGACGCCCAUGAAAAGUAUUUUGGACAUUGACUCAAAACUUACUUCAGUCAUCUGCAACACAGUUUCCAGGUUUUUGUCUGUUCGCAGUUUUACCACUUAUUACAAAGGAUUAGAGUAUUCGUGCCACGGCAUUUUAUGGAUUGCCUGUUGGUUGACUUUCAUUUGGUUUGCUUGGUCAAAAUCUUUGUUUCAAAUGCAAGUCAAUUUUCUUAUUGGAUUAUUUAUUGAUAUUAUUGCGGUUGCUACUAUAAAAGCAUUUGUUCGUCGCCGUCGACCUGUAGGCAACAAGAAUGAUCAAUGGGUUACAAUUGGCCCUGAUGUCUACUCUUUUCCGUCAGGACAUGUAUCAAGAGCAUUUUUUAUAUUGUUUUAUUUUUUUAAAUUGUAUCCUUUAAAUGAGUUUAUGGUAUUAUUUUUAUUUGUUUGGGCAGUAGCUGUGUCUUUUAGUCGAAUACUUUUAAGACGUCAUCAUUUAUUAGAUGUUAUUGCUGGUAGUAUAUUAGGAUAUUUUAUAUCAUUAGUAGUAUCUGUGAUUUGGAUCGACCAAAGCACAGCCGAGUAUGUGGUUUCAUAUGUGUCAGAUGAUAAAUUAGAGGGUGGAGAAUAUCAUGUAUAAAUUUUAAUUUAACAUUUAUUAAUAAUAAAAAAUAUAAUUAUAAUAUGUAAAAUCAAGAAGUAUA